ACAAACGUUUUUGGUGACUCACUGACAAACAGUAUUUCUCCUGUAUGUGAUCUACCUGAUGGUUUAUCAGAGACGUGAGGAGCAGCUAUGAGUCUACCAGCAGCAGCGAGAGGAUUUGUCGUCUUCCUUCUCGUCGUACAAGUGGUUCAGGGUCAGGAUGUCUGGGGAGUGACUUACUCUUCUACUGAGAUCUGUGCAGUGAAAGGAUCAACAGUGGAGAUAAGAUGCAGCUACACAUACCCAUCUACAUGGAAAGGUGGUGUUAACAGAGUUAAGAAAACAUUCUGGUUUACUAAAUGGAAAGGUGAUGAACCUGUAGAUCUGACCACAGACUCAGCGUAUGCAGGUCGUUUAGAGGAUCGCUGUGAAAACAACAUCUGCACUCUGAGAAUCAGAAACCUGAGAGAGAGCGACUCAGCUGUGUACAGGUUCAGGUUCACAACAAACCAAGACGUUUAUGCUAGUGAUCCAGUCACUCUGUCUGUCACAGGUCUCCAGGUGAAGGUGACCAAAGGCAGAAACUGCCAUACAGGAAACUGUAUAUAUGCUACCCUGAAGUGUCUCAGCAGUUGUCCUCCCACUUCUCGUCCUUCCUACAUCUGGUACAAGAAUGGACUGAAAUCACCAAAACAAGGAGAUUCUUUCUAUGACUAUUUCUAUCCUAAAGAAAGCUAUGCCUGUGCUGUUAAAGGAUAUGAGAAUUCCCCCUCUCCUUCAGUGUGUGUUAAUGGUCAAGCCUGCAAUACAGUGGCUUACAGUGAAAGAAGCAUCUGUGCCUUCAAAGGAUCCUCAGUGGACAUUUCCUGCACGUACAGCAGUAAUGCAUAUGUUCAAUCUAAAUUCUGGUUCAGUCCUGAGCGUAGAGAUCAGGACCUUAGUACAGACUCCCAGUAUGCAGGUCGUGUUCAGAUCCUUGAAACAGAGAGAGGACGCUCCACUCUGAGGAUUUCUGACCUGAGAGACUCAGAUUCAGCUCAGUAUCGCUUCAAAUUCAAAACACCAAGCUUUGAAUGGAGGAGUGAUUUACCUGGUACCACUCUGACUGUCACAGCUCUGCAGGUGCAGGUGAUCACAGCAACAGUCCAGCAGUCUGAUACCUUAGCAGAGCUGAAGUGUCACAGCAGCUGCAGUCCAGCUGGUGGUGUUUCUUACGUCUGGUUCAAGAACGGAGAGAAAAUCCACACAACAUCGAUAUCUUCUUAUAAAGGCUUGCUUCACCACGCAGACAGGAUCUCAUGUGCUUUUGAAGGACAUGAAGACUUCCCCUCUCCUGCAGUGUACUCUCCAAAGCUCCCCUCUGUGUCAGUGAGUCCCUCUGCUGAGAUACAGGAGGGCAGUUCAGUGACUCUGACCUGUAGCAGUGAUGCUAACCCAGCAGCUAACUACACCUGGUACAAGAGGAAUAGAAAAGAAUACCUUCCUCUUUUAAAAAAAGAACCAAAGCUUGUCUUCAGCUCCAUCAAUUCCUCUGACUCUGGACAGUACUGCUGUACAGCUGGGAACAAGCUGGGGACGAAGGCAUCUAAAGACAUCUCUAUUGAUGUGAAUUAUGCUCCAAAGACUUCCUCUGUGUCAGCGAGUCCCUCUGCUAAAAUAGAGAUUGGCAAAUCAUUGCAGCUGACCUGUAAAGGUGGCGCUAAUCCAGCAGCUAACUACACCUGGUACAAGGACAAUCAAACACUGCCUUGGGGGUCAAAAGACAUUCAUCAACUCGUCUCUAUCACCUUAGAGGACAAAGGGAACUACCACUGUGAGUCUAAGAAUAAGUACGGCCAGAUCAACUCGACAUCAGUACACAUAGAUGUCCAAUAUGCUCCAAAGCUUCCCUCUGUGUCAGUGAGUCCCUCUGCUGAGAUAGAGGAGGGCAGUUCAGUGACUCUGACCUGUAGCAGUGAUGCUAACCCAGCAGCUAACUACACCUGGUACAAGAGGAAUGAAGACUCUCCAAAAGCUUCAGGACAGAUCUUCAACAUCACUGACUUCAGAGCUGAACACAGUGGGAGUUAUUACUGUGUAACCCAGAACAAAAUAGGACGUCUUAACUCUACCUUACAUCUGUCUAUUGUGGCAGGUUCAAUGAAAUCAGUCGCUGCUGGAUCAAUAACUGCUGUUAUUGUGGGUAUCAUAUUCCUCAUUGCCUUUCUGUUGAUUAGAAGAAAGAGGUCCUCGAAACCAACCACGGAAGCUGGAGAGAGACCAGACAACGACGCUCAGGUACGCAUGUAUGACCGCCCUUCAGCUGAAGUACAGAAUGCAACACCAGAGCCGGAGGCCGAGGUUUGCUAUGCCAGCGCGAGAUUCAUUCAAAACCAGGAAGAUGCUCUCUACUCCAACAUCAAGCCCGCUCAUCUCCGCAGACACAAGAAGGACGAGAAGGACAAGGAGGAAGAUGUUGUGUACUCUACUCUCACAUUUAAAGGUCACAGUGCUACUGCAGAAUCAGAACGUCAUGAGGCUGCGGACGAUCCAUCUGCAUUGUACAGCGUAGUCAACAAAAAACCAAGAUUGGACCCUUGUUCUGUGUAUGAGAACGUCUCAGACCUGAACAUGGUCUCUGCAGAACAGACAGAAGAACCAGAGGAGCAGGAGGACCUGUGGCUCAGGAAAGGUGGUGAACCUGUAGAUCUGACCACAGACUCAGAGUAUGCAGGUCGUGUAGAACACCUCUGUGAAAACAACAUCUGCACUCUGAGAAUCAAAGACCUGAUAGAGAGCGACUCAGCUGAGUACAAGUUCAGAUUCGCCACAAACUAUGAUGAGUUUGUGGCGAAUCUGGAGUCACUUUGUCUGUCACAGUUGAAGGUGAGCAGAGCGUAUUCAGGCCAGGCAGAGCUGAAGUGUCACACCAGCUGUCGGGCACCUGAUAAUACUUCCUACAUCUGGUACAAGAAUGGAGAGGAACUUUGGACAGGAAUAUCUUACUCUGGUUUAGUCAACUUUGGUUCAGCAGACAUCUAUUCCUGUGCUUUAAACGGACAAGAGAAUCACCGUUCUCCUUCAGUGUAUGCUCCAAAGCCUCCCUCUGUGUCAGUGAGUCCCUCUGCUGAGAUAGAGGAGGGCAGUUCAGUGACUCUGACCUGUAGCAGUGAUGCUAACCCAGCAGCUAACUACACCUGGUACAAGAAAAAUGGCUUAAUAUAUUCCAGUGAAGAAUAUCAGAUUGUCUUCAGCUCUAUCUAUUCCUCUGACUCUGGAGAAUGCUCCAAAGCCUCCCUCUGUGUCAGUGAGUCUCUCUGCUGGGAUGAUGCUAACCCAGCAGCUAAAUACACCUGGUACAAGGAUGAAACUUCAUACUCUUCUAUUCUGAAUGAAGAACCACAGCUUGUCUUCAGCUCCAUGCAGGCCUCUGACUCUGGAGAGUAUUUCUGUACAGCUGAGAACAAGCUGGGGAGGAGGACAUCGGAAAAGUUGUUUAUUGAUGUGAAAUGUGAGUGA